GGCCCGGUCCGGCCUGUCCCGUCCCGUCCCCGCCAUGUGGUUCAUCUACGCGCUGAGCUGGCUCUCCCUGCUCAUCCAGGUGGCCUUCGUCACCCUGGCGAUCGCUGCUGGACUGUACUACCUGGCGGAGCUGAUCGAGGAGUACACGGUUGUCACCAGGAGGAUAAUCAAAUACAUGAUCUGGUUCUCCUCGGCCGUGCUGGUCGGCCUCUACCUCUUCGAACACUUUCCCGGUUUCAUGGUGGGCGUGGGGCUCUUCACCAACCUGGUUUACUUUGGUUUGCUGCAGACCUUCCCCUUCAUCAUCCUGACGUCCUCCAAUUUCAUACUGUCCUGCGUGCUGGUUAUAUUCAAUCACUACUUAGCGUUCCAGUACUUCGCCGAGGAGUAUUACCUGUUCUCUGAGGUUCUCGCCUACUUCACGUUCUGCCUGUGGUUAAUUCCUUUUGCUUUUUUCGUCUCCUUGUCAGCGGGAGAGAACGUCCUGCCUUCCACGGUGCAGCCUGGAGACGACGUGGUCUCCAACUACUUCACCAAGGGAAAGAGGGGCAAACGCUCCGGUAUCCUCCUCAUCUUCUCUUUCAUCAAGGAGGCCAUCCUGCCCAGCCGACAGAAGAUUUACUGAGCCCCGGAUGCAGCCGGCAUCGGCUGCGGUGACGGAGCAGGGCAGACCCAAACUGUGCAGAGGGGGCUGCGAGGCAGCACUGUCCCCCGGCCUCGCUCGAACCCUCCUCCAUGUCUCUCGAUGGGAUUUUGCUGGGAACGUGUAAACUGGGCGAUGGCCGGAGGUGCCAGCAGCGCUGGACAGACGCGCGGGGAGGGCUCGUGCCUUUUUACACAGCUCCGCUGAUCCCCCGGGACUGCGUGCAAUGAUGUUUGGCUCCAGCCGAGCGUGAGGAGGGUCCGGCCUCCCCCCCCGGCGCUGCCCACCCUGCUCGGGGACCUGGGAGGCCUUGUCAUCUGCUGGGGUUUAAAGCCAGGAGUUUGCGCCUGGUGUAGUUUGGCUGUGGGGGAACCGUUCCCUCGGAGUGGCAGCAGAAUGCGCUUGACAUUUAACUGAGGUUUACACAGAGCCAUUAAUUAAAAAAAAAAAAAAAAAGGA